AUGGAGAACCGCAAGGAGAAAACCCCUUUGAACUUCGGAGACAGUGUUGCUAAUAAGCAGCCAAACCCAGUCAGUGAACCAAUGACAAAUUGCGAAAGUGCAGUCAGCACUGCGAAAGCACAAUUGCCGCCUCCGAAUGGUGGUCUUACAGCUUGGCUGCAGGUUCUCGGAUGCUUUAUGCUCUACUUCAACACCUGGGGUCUCGCAAAUGCUUUUGGCGAGUUCCAGACCUACUAUGAGUCUGGCGCUAUGUUCAAACAGUCGUCCUCCGAUAUCGCGUGGAUAGGAUCAGUGCAAUCAUUGAUGCUGCUUCUGACUGGCGUCUUCGCUGGACCAUGUUACGAUGCUGGGUUUCUUCGCUCGGCUCUUGGAGGCGUGAUCUAUCCAGUCGUUCUUUAUCGACUAAUAAACACGAUUGGCUUUGGCUGGUCAACACGUGUAAUCGGGUUCGUCGCACUUGCCACCUUGCUCAUCCCAAUCGCUGUCUUACGGCUACGUGUAACACCUCCCAGAGUCAGAGCGAUGGUCGAUAUCUCGGCAUUGACCGAUGUCUGGUACAUGAGCUUUGUAAUCACGACAUUCCUUGCAUUCAUGGGCUUGUUUGUGCUGCUAUUUUACCUCUCUUUCUUCGCCGAGAACAACCAGAUUACCGACAAGAGCAUGGCGGCAUACAUCGUCGUCAUCUUCAACGCAGCGUCUUGCUUCGGUCGCACAGUUCCAAAUGCGAUCUCAGACAAGACUGGGCCGUUUAACCUCAUCGCACCCGGGACGCUGCUUGCUGGAAUCUUCACCUUCUGUCUCAUGGCUGUUAACAAAGAGGCCAGCCUGAUCGUUGUUACUGUUCUUGCGGGCUUCGUCAGUGGAGUCGUCAUCGGGAUGCCCCCUCUCUGCUUUGUAGCCAUCACUCCCGACAAGUCGAAAUUGGGCACGCGAAUGGGAAUGGGAUAUGCGAUGAUGGGACUGGGUGUUCUUGCAGGUGGGCCAGGUGCAGGGAACAUAUUGGGUGUUGGGCAGGAUCUGAACUGGCCAGGAGCUUGGGCUUUCAGCGGCGCUUCGUGUGUUGCUGCUGGUCUCGGCUACGCUGGCAUCAGAAUCGUCAAGUACGGGAAGCAGGUUAGAGUGAGGGCGUGA